GCAUUGCAUAGCACAACAACUGGUCGGUAGCUUCUGCAACUCUGAACGUGCAAAUUCAGAAGAUCACCCCCAUCCCUCUGCUUCGUGCUGAUUCUACUUUUGUUGCUUUUCUUAAUAUUGCCAACCCAUUUCCAGUCCGUAAUUAAUAGAAGAAAAAAGCAGAUCGAUUAUCAAUAUUGAAGGAUCCACGUGAAUUUUAGGUGUCCGGGAUGGGAAGCCAAACCUUUUCGACAAUCAUUCUCCACUUCUUUUUCCAGCCUUUUCCUGAUCAUUAAAAAGGUCCUUUCUCCGCUCAUCUUCUCGGCACUUCUCUGUCUCUGAUCUCUGUGUGAAAGGCCGUUCGUUCCUGAACGAGGGGGCUGGCUGCGAAUAUAACCCAUCCAAUCAAGCUUGUUCUGGAAUUUAAUUACUUUUACAGAUCAAAAACCGAAGUCUGAUUCAGCAGACUCAUCUUUGUUUGAGAUGCUUCUGAUGAUCUGUUUUCUCUGACUCUAACCGGCAGCGAACAAGCAUGGCUUUAAUUGGAAACCUUCCCAGACACUGUCUUAGCUAGCUUGGAUAAAACAUGAAAUCCUUGUUACAACUUGAAAUAUUUGCUCUUUUCUGACGUUUGUCCAUUUUGCGGGUCCCCCGACCCGAUCCCCGUACUGGACAAAACUACCCUAAAAAAAUAUGAGGUGCAUACUGCAUAGAGUUUCUUUCAUCAGUAACCUUAUAAUAACCAACACAACUUACUCAAGGAAAGUAGCUUGAACAGACAAAAACUCUGCAAUUACUGCUCAUGCAUGAACAAAAUUCCGGAUUCACUUCUAAAAUUACUGCUCAUUAGUUUUCACAUUGGCCACUGGCAAAAACAUCACUCUCCCAAGUCCCCAGUCCAGUUCACAGCCGUAUAUACCCUACCACUUGCAAGCUAGCAACAGCAUAAACACGUUUUCAGAGGCUGCAGAAGUCUUGGUUAUUAGGAUUCUUUUUGGGGUCCAGACAGAUCCAUCAUACGAAUACUAGCUGGGUAGCCUAGAAUCCCGCUGGACCUAGAUUUCAAACUGUCUCAUCAGAUAAAGAAAUGGAGCAGUUGGAGAAGCAAUCGUCUCUCAUACCACCAUUACCCAGAGACUCUCGCGGCUCUCUUGAGGUAUUCAAUCCUUCAACCUACUCCAACAGGCCAACCAACCCGGCCGUCCGGUCGCAGCCAUCGUGGAAGGGCUGGGUAGAGCCACCUGAGAGUCCCGAACCGGACCCCUCCUCUAAGCUCUCCCCCAAUUCGGGUCUCGCCGAGGUAACCGCCACCUCAUGGAUGGCCCUCAAGGACACCACCCCACCAGUGCCACCACAACCGGCGAAAACAUCACCGAUAGCCCAGAAAACCCUCUCGGCCAUCUUCAACGAUCAAGACGAUCGCGAGAAACCGACGGGGAAGAUGCAAUCAGCAUCGGGAGAAGUCGGCUCCGCAGCCCAACGAGCGGCCGAGUGGGGUUUGGUGUUGAAAACUGACACCGAGACCGGCAAGCCACAGGGGGUCUCUGUUAGGAAUUCAGGUGGCGGGGGAGAUGACUCGAACAAUAGGCCGGGAAACUCCAGAAGAGACUCGAAUAAUUCGGUGCGAAGCUCGGGAGAUCUCUCGGAAGAUGGAGGGAAAGAGAGAGGGAUUCCGAGGGUAUCAGAGGACUUAAAGGACGCGUUAUCGACAUUCCAGCAAACAUUCGUGGUCUCGGACGCGACAAAACCUGAUUAUCCAAUUAUGUACGCGAGUGCAGGGUUCUUCAAGAUGACCGGCUAUACAUCCAAAGAGGUUGUCGGUCGGAACUGCCGAUUUUUACAGGGGAAGGAUACGGAUCCAGAGGACGUGGCAAAGAUAAGGGAAGCAUUGGAGAGUGGGAAGAGUUAUUGUGGAAGGCUGUUGAAUUACAAGAAGGAUGGGACCCCUUUUUGGAAUUUACUCACCAUUUCCCCUAUCAAAGAUGACGCUGGACAAGUCCUUAAAUUUAUCGGAAUGCAAGUGGAGGUGAGCAAGCAUACAGAGGGAUUCAAGGAUAAGAUGGUGCGUCCCAAUGGAUUGCCAGAAUCAUUGAUUCGAUAUGAUGCUCGUCAGAAAGAGAUGGCCUCAAGUUCAGUAUCUGAGCUUGUGCAGGCAGUGAAGAGACCUCGUGCACUCAGUGAAUCGAUAAAUCGACCCUUGAGAAAAUCAGGAGGUGGGAAGGAAGAGGAGAGAAUUGAAUCACUAACAAGGAGAAACUCUGAGAGCGUUGCUCCACCUAGAAGGAACUCACAUGCUGGUACUAGAAGUUCAAUGCAGCGCAUCAGUGAGUUACCUGAAAAGAAACCGAAAAAAUCUGGUCGCCGUUCUUUUAUGGGGGUGAUUAGGAAAAGUAAGUCGAACAUUAAGGACAGCCUUGAUUUUGAAACUCCAAUGGAUGGUGAUGAGACUGAUGAUGAUGAUGAUGAGAGGCCUGAGAAUGUUGACGACAAAGUAAGAAAGAAGGAUAUGAGAAAGGGUAUUGAUCUUGCUACUACACUUGAGCGUAUAGAGAAGAACUUUGUCAUUACGGAUCCAAGACUUCCCGAUAAUCCCAUUAUUUUUGCAUCCGAUAGCUUCUUAGAACUGACAGAGUAUAGUCGUGAAGAAAUCCUGGGAAGAAAUUGCAGGUUUCUGCAAGGACCUGAAACUGAUCCGGAAACUGUGAGGAAAAUAAGAGAGGCAAUUGACAACCAGACAGAUGUCACUGUCCAACUCAUUAACUACACAAAGAGCGGUAAAAAGUUCUGGAACCUGUUUCAUUUGCAACCAAUGCGGGAUCAAAAAGGAGAAGUACAAUAUUUUAUUGGGGUACAGUUAGAUGGAAGUCAGCAUGUUGAGCCACUUCGCAACUGCAUUCCUGAAGACACUGCAAAAGAGAGUGAACAACUGGUUAAAGAAACUGCAGAAAAUGUUGAUGAUGCUGUGAGAGAGCUUCCUGAUGCCAAUUUGAAACCGGAGGAUUUGUGGAGUAACCAUUCUAAGGUGGUUCAUCCAAAACCUCAUAGGAAGGACAGCCCCUCAUGGAGAGCUAUCCAAAAGAUUCUCGAUAAUGGAGAACAGAUAGGCUUGAAACAUUUCAGGCCAAUAAAGCCCUUGGGAUGCGGAGAUACUGGGAGUGUGCAUUUGGUGGAAUUGUGUGGAUCUGGUCUGUGUUUUGCCAUGAAGGCUAUGGAUAAAAAUGUUAUGCUCAACCGUAACAAGGUGCAUAGAGCUUGUGCAGAGAGAGAAAUUCUUGACAUGUUAGAUCAUCCUUUUCUUCCUGCACUGUAUGCUUCAUUCCAGACCAAAACACAUGUUUGUCUGAUAACUGAUUAUUGCCCUGGUGGAGAACUCUUCCUGCUUUUAGACAGACAGCCCGCGAAGGUCCUGAAGGAAGAUGCAGUGAGAUUUUAUGCAGCAGAGGUAGUUGUUGCAUUGGAGUACCUUCACUGCCAGGGGAUAAUUUACAGGGAUUUAAAGCCUGAAAAUGUUUUACUCCAGAGCAACGGUCACGUAUCCUUGACAGAUUUUGAUUUGUCAUGUUUGACAUCUUGUAAACCACAGCUUUUGAUUCCAAGUACAAAUGAAAAGAAAAAACAACAGAAAGGUCAACAGAAUCCAAUCUUCAUGGCAGAACCUAUGCGAGCAUCAAACUCUUUUGUUGGCACCGAGGAAUACAUAGCUCCGGAAAUCAUCACUGGGGCCGGCCAUACCAGUGCGGUGGACUGGUGGGCUCUUGGUAUUCUUCUGUACGAGAUGUUCUAUGGAUAUACACCAUUUAGGGGAAAGACUAGGCAAAAGACUUUUGCCAAUAUUCUUCAAAAAGAUCUUAAAUUUCCAGGAAGUAUACAGGUAAGUCUCCAAGCAAAGCAGUUAAUGUAUAGGCUCUUGCACAGGGAUCCCAAAAACAGAUUGGGUACUCGGGAAGGGGCAAAUGAGAUUAAGUGUCACCCUUUCUUCCGGGGUGUCAAUUGGGCUCUAGUUCGCUGCAAGAAAGCUCCUGAGCUUGAUGCUCCUCUCUUUGACACAACUGAGGCUGAGAAGGAAGCAAAAGUUGUGGAUCCUGAAUUAGAGGAUCUCCAGACAAAUGUUUUCUAGUAGGCCUGGUCCAUGAUUUUGAGCAUGGGAACCAUAUCUCCUUCAGAAAGGAAACGCAAUGGAGGCUCUGAGAGCUCCUUGAUCCGUCAAGGAAUUGGGUUUUUCUUUGACUUGGCUUGUGUUUCUUGGCCCCAAGCAUUUUGAUCGACAGCUAAGUCUGGUAGCUGCUGGUAGGCGGAAAUUAAGGUUCAGUUGUGUCCCAUGUAAUGUUUGUACGACGUGUCCCCUGUAAUUUUAAUCCCAGUUGGUUUGAACUUAAAAAGUUGUGUAAA